UGGCUGAUAAUUGCGUUUGAGACAACCCCACAUAAUCCAAAUCCACCAUAGACCAGUGCUUGCUUGGCUUCCAAUUCCAUUGUUGGUGGUCGUCUUCAGUUUUCAGUCUUCAGUAUUCAGUGAAAUGCUGCCUCCUCUCGUAACUUGAGGUUACGAGUUUAAGUUCAUCGAGACCUGAAUUGCAACACCCACACCGAAAUAAGAUCACAAAUUAAUUAGUUACUAGAAAUUUGAAAAUGUCAGUAGCGCCCUGGCUUCCCCGCCUGCGUUCUUCCUUCCUUUGUUGCCCUCUAAAGCAUUCUACUGCGUCUUCUUCUCUCGGCGUCUCCCACAAAUUUGCAAGAAAUCAACGGUCACCACCAUCUUAUCCAUGCAUUAGAGCUCUGGAUCUUGAUCAAAACACGAUAGUAGCAAUCUCUGUUGGGCUCGUCAGCGUUGCAGUUGGGAUUGGCAUUCCAGCGUUUUAUGAAACCCAGAUUGACAAUGCUGCGAAGCGAGAGAAUACUCAGCCAUGUUUCCCAUGCAGUGGAUCAGGCGCUCAGAAAUGCAGAUUUUGCAUGGGAACUGGUUCUGUUACUGUAGAACUUGGUGGGGAUGAGAAAGAAGUAUCUCGAUGCAUCAAUUGUGAUGGUGUUGGUUCGUUCACUUGCACCACGUGUCAAGGUUCUGGAAUUCAGCCUCGGUACCUUGAUCGUAGGGAAUUCAAAGACGAUGACUGAAGACAGUUACUAAAAAAUGGCAGUGAUUCUGGAUUUGCAAGGUUGGCUAGUAAUUAAGAGUUGGAAGUUGAAGAAAGCAGCAUCCUUUUUUUCCCUGUUAUACAUCUCUUCUACAUUUUGUUUUUGUACAUCUUCAAUACAAAUAUAACUAUUUUCUUAUCAUCUAUGCUUGUUUCGUUUCUAGUAAAAAGUUAAAAUAAGUUUCUUUCUUGUUUCUAGUAAUAUAUGUUCAAUAACAUUCUUGAAGUUCAGUGCUUAUUUCUUA